AUUGAUUCAGUGCGGUAUACCAAGUGUACAGAGAGAUGAUGAUCGAUGUAGUUUUAAGCGAUAAUCACCUAAACGUUCACAAUCACACACACACGCGGCACCGGGAGUGCGCCGCGUGUCAUCGGCAGUGAUAGACACAUUUGAACAAAAACAAACGAAUAAUUCUCGUGCACCGAACUCCAACGAGGGAAAAGGAUGCCACAUUACAAUAUUCUAUUGUAUAGCAAAAAUACUGGCGCUCCUCCGCCGCCUUGUAAACGAAAAGCCACCCCUCCCGUGCGUGAGUUGAUAUUAAAAAGAAGGCAUUGCAUCGAAGGCAUGAUAAGCUGUGUAUCGUAGAUUGUUUUUAGUUUCGUCUGUGUAGUUUUAAGUUGAAGAUGUGUACAUGUACCCCGUGUAGGAGAUUUUAGUGAAGCUGAUUGAUGGAGUCGAAAUAUAUACACCACCCAAGAGAGUUGGUGGAUCGCCGUUGUGUAACAAAACCGCGUUGUGAGUGAGCAUUUAUGCUUUUUUUUGUCUUCAGUUGUAAAAACGAGCAAAAAAAAACACCAAAAUGUUCGUUCGAAAAAGCUGCUACCCGUUGAUUAACGCCACGAGAAGAUGUCUCCGGUAUCGCCAGCUAAGCUCUACCACGGCCGGAACCGACGGCACAACAGCACCAACAGCCAACAUUUCCUUGAACGAUGAGCCACAGCCGGCAGCAGUUGAGAUGGACGAGUUUACGAAAGAGUUUCUUCGCAAUCGAAUUGAAGUCAGCGACAUUCAAAGGCUAAUUUUAAGCGCCGGAAGCUCCGUCGCCGCUUUAGUCGAUCCGCGAAGGCAUGAUAUGAUCGCUUGCCUGGGGGAAACGACUGGACGGGAGGCGUUGGAAAAAAUGCUCCACUACAUGAGAUCAACCGAGGAGGGACAACGGAUUCUGGUGGAGAAACCGCGCAUCAAUACGCGCACGGUGGACAUGGAGGCACUAAAGAAGAUGCCGGAGCAUACGUUCGGUUACACAUACGUCAAGUUUAUGGAAGAUAAUAAUAUUACACCCGAUUCACGAAUGGAGGUGCGAUUUUUGGACGAGCCCGAACUUGCGUACGUCAUGACCCGAUACAGGGAAACGCACGAUAUGGUACACGCGAUCCUCGACAUGCCCACCAACAUGUUGGGCGAGGUAACGGUCAAGUGGGUGGAAGCGUUAAACACCGGUCUACCGAUGUGCUAUGGUGGUGCCGUCUUUGGUGCCUUUCGGCUUCGUACCAAACAAAGACAAAACUAUCUGCGAAAGUAUCUGCCCUGGGCCCUUCGGACGGGCAAUCGGAUCAAACCACUGAUGGGCGUGUACUGGGAGAAGCGAUGGGAGCAGGAUGUAACGGAACUACGCAAAGAGUUAAACAUUGAGCUGUUGGCACCGUAGACCCAUCCGCGACUGCUUUCGCGUUUGCAUCGUAUUACAACAAAACCAAAUCGCAAUAGUGAGACGUUCGUUUGUAGUUAUUAUUUAAAAAAUCCGUUUUUUUGUUGGUCACACCGCAAUUUACUUCGCAAGUACACAGCGCAUAAUACACUAAAA